ACGAGUAAAUAAUAUAAACGUAUUUGAGCAGCAAACAUUCAUUAUAUUGAUAACCAAACGUAAAAUACGUUAGGAAGAUAAUACCAGUGCAAGUUCAAGAUAGCGAAAUGACACACGAAGAGCGUUUAACUGUAACAUUAAAGAAACUGGUCGAAAAGUUAGAAAUAAAAAACUAUGAAUAUCAUUUCCGUAAUAUACAAGAAACAAUAGAAAACUACUUCGGAAUACUUAUACCGAUUACUUUGAAGGGAGAAAAUAAAAAUGGCGACUGGUUGAAAGAAUUGAUAGUGAAAAUGCCACCGAAUCAAGCAAUAUUACGAGAACUUGGAGUUAUUAAGGUGCUAUACGGUUCUGAGGUUUUUGUUUAUAACGUUUUAAUUCCAUAUUACAGGAGAUUAUCAAAAAUUGAUUUGAAUCAACUGUUCCCUAAAUGUUAUUAUGCAGAUUCUACGCUAAAUAAUGAAGUUAUUGUUAUGAAAGAUAUGUGCAAAGAAGGAUUCCAACGAUUCAGUGGAGAUAGAUUUUUAGAUGCAGAUCAUAUAAUCGUAUCAUUAAAAUCAUUAGCACAGUUUCACGGACUUUCAAUGAUUUUGCAAUAUAAUGUAAAAAAUAUAGGUGAUGAGGAAAUUAUGACUCCAUAUAUUUCUAGUUAUCCGAGACAAUUGAUGGUCGCUUUAAAAGAUUCUUUAAGAAAUCAUAUAAAUAUAUUCAAAGAUACUGAUUACGAAGGAUUUUAUUCUAUGAUUCUUACUAAUUUUGAUCAUAUUGUCGAUAAUAAUACGUACAAAGCAAGCCGUUUAGUCUACGGCCACGGAGAUUUGUGGAAGGAGAAUAUUUUGUUUAAAUAUGAGGACAAUAAACCUAUAAGCGCGUGUAUGCUGGACUUUCAAACAACUCGUCUUUUAUGUCCCGCUCAAGAUGUCUUAAUAUUUAUCCUUACAAGUGCAGAAACAAAAGUCAGAAGGAAAUGUUAUGAAUUUUUUCUAUCAACCUACUACGAUUGUCUGCAGCAAACUCUAUCACAACAUUCCUUGGAUCCCGAAACCACAUAUUCAAGAAGUGAUUUCAAUCGCGAUCUUAAAACAGUGGCCUUUUAUUCCUUUAUAGCAAGUAAUUUGGCUUUUGCCUUGUGGUUAGGUUUAGAAGAGAAAGCAAUAAUACAAAGUAAGAAUAUUUGUGAAGAGGGAACUGAAAAAAAUUCAACUACACUUUAUUAUAAACAAAUAAUGCUUGAUAUUAUACAAGAUUUUGUUAAUCUUGGGUAUUAUGUACCGAAGAGUUUUGAGUAAUAUUAUUUCAGAUUCCCUAUA